UGCUACUUCUUCGGGGAUCCGGGCCAAAUGACACUUCCUUAUCGAAGCCCGAGUAGAUACUCCAGGUAGAAAGGGACCGAUCACUCCCUCCCGGGAUCGUUUGCCGCAUCUUUUAGGCCCCUACAUUCAUGGAGUAGUGGAACGAUCUCCGAUUCUAGUGGGAAAACCGGAGUUCAAAUUCGAACACCACAGUUUGUUUGCACUUGGGCAGAUCACCUCUCUACAACUCAGUUUCCUUAUUUGUAAAAUAAAUGGGAUGUACUAGAUGGCUUCAGUUCUGGUACUGCAUGGCCCGCCUCCAGUUGGCUCCAUGUCCACAUGUGGACAUCAUGCUUCCUUUUAACAAAAUGGAAUCUUCUGAACUCCAUUCAAGUAGGCAAACCCAUUACGACCAAAGAAGUUCUACCCAUCAGUCUCCCAAGGAGAACCUGAAAAACAACUUCCAACAAAAGCUUCUAAGAGACAAAGAAGAGAAGCUGGAGAAUAUCUUUACUCAUAACAGGCAGAACAGCUUUACUAAUGCUCAUAGCUAUCCUCCUUCUCAUUCUGCAGAAAACAGCCAACAGGAUUCAGGAAACAAUCAGCAGGGUUCAGGAAGUGGGGAUUUUUAUUCAGUUGGGGUCCUUAUGAGACACACCAAAACAGAUAACCAAGAAAACACAAUGCCCUUCACAAAGAAGAGAGCUGGCGUGGAUCGUGCCUAUCCCCUCAAACCAGUGUUUCACCGAAAAUCAUUGAGUGCCACUCACAUUGGGAUUGAUUCCAGAAACUUCUCCCAGAAACCCUCUGAAUCAAAAGAGGUCUCACUCAGCCACUUCAGUUCACGGAACAGGGGGAAUUCAUCUUCAGCAAAGAUGCUACUUGCUCCCCUACCCGUGGUUCAGUCCAAAACAUUCUUGUCAAAUCCAGACAGAACUGAGCUAAUGCAGAUUCAAAAACUGGAGGCAGCAGGUGAGAGCUUAGAGGAAGAGAUUCGGAGAAAAGAGACUCUUCUAAGGGAAAAAUUGAAGAAGACUGAGGAAGAACUUAGAAGGAUCCAAAAAGAAAAGGAACAGGUAGAAGAAGAAGAAAAAAAAGAGCUACAGAGAAAGACAUUUCCAAGGAGAAGAGGCACAGGUGGCAGCAGCAGCAUUUCCAAACUCAUCUUCUCACCAGAAUUCAGUUGUAGCAGAGGUGAUGAAACUUGGGAACAGUCCCAAGAGAAUUCUAGUCCAUCCUCAGGAUGUUCCCAGUUCUUCAGUCAUGGAGUACAAAGACUCAAAAAGGAAAGGUUAGUGGCAAGUAACAAUAAAAUCCGAGACCAAAUUUCAGUAUCUUCCCCUACGCUGUUUUCACACCAACAAGAUCCUGACAAUUCUUUACCCAAAUCCCCCAGUUAUAGUUCAUCUCAGCUAUCAGUCUCUUCAGGUUCCAGCUCUUCAACUGAAGAACCAGAGCUUGGUGAGUGCACCUACUGUGGACGAAAGUUUCUCUUGCCAAGGCUAGAGAAACACACGAAUGUCUGUAGCAAGACCCAGGGUUCUAAGAGGAAAGUGUUUGACUCAUCCAAGGCCCGGGCUAAAGGCACUGAACUAGAACAAUACCUGACCUGGAAAGGCCCAGCUCUAGCCAAGCCAGAGCCACCAAAGAAGAGUAAUUGGCGACAAAAACAUGAAUCUUUCAUCCGAACUCUCCGCCAGGCCCGUGAAUUGCAGCAGGUAAUUGCCCGGGGUGGAAAUCCCUUAGAGUUGCCUCCGGUGCCACCUGCAGAAAACCCUGACUACAUCCAGUGCCCCCACUGCAGCCGCCACUUUGCCCCUAAGGUGGCUGACAGGCACAUUCCAAAAUGUAAGACCAUCAAGAACCGACCUCCUCCCCCACGGAAGCACUGCUGUUGAAAAGGAAUCACCCAAGAACCUCUGGGUGGCCUUGCGAGCAGCACCUUCUCUUCAGCAGCCCACAGGAUUAGAACUGGAUGAAACUAGAAAGGAAUAAGACUUUGUAUCUCCCCAAAAUGGCUGCAAUGCCAGAAUUGGGGAGGAACUCCAUUUCUAAGCAAGGAGAAGAAAGCUUCAGGUUCUCACUGAACUGUAAAUUUAGGCGCAGCUGAAGUGCCUUACAUUAUGACCACGGGAAGCGAGACUAAAUUACAGCCCUCUCUUCGUGAAAGUCUGACUUUGUGAUUUGUGACAGAUAAAGAGCACUCAUCUGGGUGUCUUUUCACGUGUUUAUUGUUCUUGUUAAGUCCUCUUGCAAUUAGCUAACAAUGUGGUUGUCUUAAGUGACCCGUUAAAAUGGUAUGCUGCCAGAAGAAAAUAACCAUAGCCAAUAUCGCUUUUAAAAUAUGACAAGAUUCUUCUCUGAGUCACUAAUUUGAUACUAGGAAUCCAAGAACCUGCAAUGAAUGUAAUGCUGUUUCUGAUCCCAUGUGGAACAUACUCUGUAAAUCUCUGGAAAUAGGUUCUGUGUAUUUCAGGAUGUCUGUGAAAACUUAGUUUUAUGGCUAUCACUUUCAAAUCAGUUUCAGAUAACACUUUAUUAUAAUUUCUUCCCCAUGUUUUCAAUUUGAAUAUUUUAAAGUAUAAAAAACCCUCUGAAUCAGACCACAUAGCUCUUCUCUUCCACCACAGUAACAAAAUCUACAGUCUUAGGGAGCUGGAACAUCAACUAGCUUAAAAUGUCACAUGAAUACUUUGAGGACAACUCUUUUAGUCAUUUCUGCUUAUUAUCUGUGUCGUGUUUUAUGCUUUAGAGUGUAAGCUCCGAUGGGGCAGGACUGACCAUAUCUUUGUAAUUUUCAAUUAAAUAGUGCCUAGGCACAACACAACAAAUUACAAUAAAAAUUGUAAUGCUGACAAACACACUAAGCAUAGGGCCCAAAAGAAAAUGUGUGUCUCAUUUCUAAAAGAAAAAAAAUUAGAGAAUGGAAGAAUUAUUUAAUUUCUGGAAACUUUUAAAGUAAGCUACAAUAUUCAAGGAUGCAUUGAGUGUACAUAGUAAAUUAAAUUAGGCAAGAGCAGCAGUAGAAAUACUGUUAGAAUUAUUGCCUUGUGUGCUAAAAGAAUCAUCACAAUGUGUUUCUAAGUUACAGAAAAGCUAAUAUGACCCAACAUCAGCUGAAUGAGAGGGACCGAAAAGAUAACAGAACAUUUUGCCAGUAGCAAUGUGUAACUACUGUUUAAUCCACAUCUGUUGCCACUCUUCCUGAAGCCUAUGAAACAGCAUCUUGGCUAACAAAUCAGCUCAGCUAGAGAUGUAAGCUUAAACAGUAAAAAUGAUAUUAAGAAUCUGCCUUCUAAGGAACAUACUAAAUUGAGAUCUCUUUUAUUUUUUUUCUUACAGUCUUUUAGUUGGCAUUUUAAAAUCAAGGCACUUUCUAGAUUCUACCUGAUUGCCUCAUUAUACAGUAAAAGGAGACAUUACCCCAAGGUGUUGGCUGUCUACUAAAGUACACUGUUAAUAUUUAACAUUUUAACACAUAUAUGAAAAGAACUGUUAGUAAGAAUAGACUCUGGUAUUUAGGUGAGAGAUCAAUUUUUUUUUUAUCUAAACCUGGAUCAUUUUUUCACUGCAGCAGACUGGCAAUUUAACUAUAACUUAGAGACUGCGUGGGGCACUGAGAAGUUAAGUGACUUAUCCAUGGUCACACAGCUAGUGUCAGAGGUAGAACCUGAACCAAGAUAUUUGUUUCCAAGGCUGACUACAGACCAACCACACUGGGGCUCAGGUGAAAAAAUAUAUUAAGAAAAAAUAUUAUUUAUAAACAAAGCAGCACUUAUUCUUUCAGAGUUAAAUAAGCUGGUUUAUGACCACUUAGUUUGCCUUAUCAAACAAUUGACAAGCAUUUAUUAAACACCUAUCAUAUGUUAGGUAUAGGAGAAAAAAAGAUGGUUCUGCUGUGGUUCCAUUGGUGAUGACCUUUCCUUGAUUAAAACUCAAAGGGCCAUUAGCUACAUCUAGUCUCUGGAGAGGUAUUUAACAAUCAGACUGCCCAGAAUGUAGCCUAAAGACAAAGACCGGGGUAUGAGGGAGUAGGGGGGUUGGGAGGGAGAAAGGGAAGGGAGGAGGCAUGCUAAGGCAUUGCAUACUGUGCUGUCUCCAGAACAGAACAGGGAAUGGAGAUAACAUUCUUAUUUUAUGCCUUCUUUUUGUCUAAGAAGCCUUACUGUUGACUCAUUUUAUAAAGGAUGAAGGGGAAAAAAACUUAAGGAAAAACCUAUGUAAAUUUAAAUUGGACAAAAUCUGCUCAUGGUAAAGUUCGUAUGGCAGCCCCAUCUUUAGGGAGAUUUAAAAAAGGAUCUUGAUGAAAUGCUAUAAUAUCACAUUAUUCAUAUUAUUAUAACUGUAUAUUAACUUGCUGAGUUAAUGAUACUUCAUUGCACUUACAAAGUACUCUUUAUACAACUCUGCCUUGACUCAUUACACACAGCCCCAGAAGAAGUAGACAGGUAAUGAUGAGAUACAAAAAAAAUUUCCCUUUUUAUUUUCAAUAAUUCUAUGACCUUUAAUGAUCAGCAUGCUUAUUUCUAUAGUUAGUCAUAAUUCAACAGUAAAAGGUGUUUUUUUUUUUAAGCUGAGACAGAAUGGGAUGUGAUCCUCUAGUUCUUGCCUAUCGCUGUCACACUGGUGGGGAAGCACUCCACAAAGACCAUUUCCAAGGAAAGUUCAGGAAUGAGUCCUUGAAGAAAUGUUUGUUUAAAUUACAUUCUUGCUCGUCAGGUGCACUUUCCAUUGUGCUGUUGGUCAAUCAAAGAUUUUAAAAGUGCCUACUAUGUGCCAAGCAUUACACAAAGGGCUGAGGACACAAAGAAAGGCAAAUACAUUC